AUGGAGAAGGUGUAUGAUAGGUUGGAAUGGGUGUUCGUCUCUAAGACCGUGGAAUAUAAAAACAUUAGCUUCACCGUGUGGGAUGUUGGUGGUCAGGACAAGAUCCGACCUCUGUGGAGACAUUACUUCCAAAACACGCAAGGGCUUAUCUUUGUGGUUGACAGUAAUGACCGAGGUCGUGUUGUUGAGGCCAGGGAUGAGCUGCACAGGAUGUUGAAUGAGGAUGAGCUGAGAGAUGCAGUGCUUCUUGUUUUUGCAAACAAGCAAGAUCUUCCCAAUGCCAUGAAUGCUGCUGAGAUUACCGAUAAGCUUGGCCUUCACUCCCUCCGCCAACGCCAUUGGUAUAUCCAGAGCACAUGUGCCACUUCUGGUGAAGGGUUGUACGAGGGAUUGGACUGGCUCUCCAACAACGUUGCCAGCAAGGCAUAGAGAUAUGUUGCUUUCAGGGACAUCCGAAUUCAAAGCUGGCCCCGAAUAGAUAAAAUAUUAUUUCAGAUCAUGUUUUUAGUGUUGUGAAAGAGAUGGUUGUUCCCCUUCGAUUGCUUAGUUUAGUCUAAAUGCAAAACUCCCAUGGUAUUUGUUCA